AUGUCCCAUCUUCUUGGGUCACCUUGUGCUUGCUUGUUCCUGCCAGAAAAUGCGAGCAACCGUUGGCCAAGUCGUCGUACCGGUUUGCUCCCGUUGUCGUACUUACCACGAACCACACACCGGCACAAAGCCCCAGUAACGGUCACCGAGUCGGCUACAAAUAGCGAGUUACUUUCGGCCCUCUUCCUACACCAUUUUCCCCCUCCAACGAACUCACUCAUCACCCCCGCCACGUACGAGUCGUCACCCUUUGCCUUUUUUUCAUCUCGAUCCCCACCUUCCUUGCCAAACAUGGCCGAGUACCUCCUCUCCAAGCUCGGCUUCGACCUGAAGAAUCAAGCAGAUAACCACGACCCUGGCAACAACGACGACCGCCCCCCUCCCCUCCCGCAACUCCACAUCUCCACCGAGGACCACUUCCCCCCUUCCACGCAAGGGACCUACCCCCGUUUGUGCCAGCUAUCCGACGGCUCCCUCCUCAAGAGCUACACCACCUUUGGGCCUGACGGGGAGAGAGUCCUGGUUGUAUCACGCAGCGUUGACCAAGCUCGUUCGUUCGAAGUCGUGGGGGAAAUCACCCGCUCCCACGGUGACUGCGACAACUGUUUUCUUGCUGAGCUGGAGCCGGGGGUUGUGUUGGCUGCUUUUAGGAACCAUGAUUUGAGCGGUGAAGAUGGUAAUAAGCCGACCUGGUUCCGGAUUACGGUUUGUCGAUCUCGGGAUGGGGGGAGGAUUUGGGAGUAUUUGAGCCAGGCGGUGGAGAAGGGGGGCUCGGAUGGGGUGUGGGAGCCGUUUGUAAGGAUUCCUGUGGGGAGGCGAGAGGAGGUGCAGUUGUAUUAUUCGGCCGAGGCGGAGCAGGGGCAGAGGCAGGACACGAUGGUGGUUGUUAGUGGGGAUGGGGGGGAGACGUGGUCGGAGCCGAGGAGGAUUACGGGGGAGGAGGGGUUGAGAGAUGGGAUGGUGGGAAUUGCCGGUAUGAAGGAUGCAGUUUCUGGCAAAGAGGCGCUGGUGAUGGUGUUGGAGACCACAAGGUGUGGGCCUGGGAGGUUUAGCAUUGAGGCGGUGGUUUCGUACGACGAGGGACUGAGCUGGGCGUCAAGGCAAGAGGUGUACAAGCCAUCUGGAGAGGGCAAAAAUGCCGGGGCACCGCAGAUUGGGACUCUGGCUGGUGGGGAGGGAGUGGCGGUGGUAUUUAUGACAGAUGAGGAUGGGAACGAAGGGGUAUGGCCUUCUGGGGCCAAGAUCAAGACUGUUUUAGGGGUUGGGUUGGGGAAUGGAGUGAUCAACUGGAGUCGGGAGGCUGAUACUGUUUUCGAGGAGGGGAGUUCAUGGCCAGGGAUUCUGGGAGUCGGUCACGGGGAGGCGCUGGUGGUCUGCGCGACGAGGAGCAGAAUUGGGGGUAGGCUGUUGAGCUUGGAUCUCUGA